UCCCCGCAGCUUCCCCGCCCAGGCCUUUCUCGGGAGCGUUCUUUAGCGACCCUCACAGUCGGAGCCCGGAAAUCGAGCCUUUUGCCCACCGAUACUUCCCGAGAUCUCCCCGCCCGCUUAGGCAUAUGCCCUCCCCAACCUUCCGCGAUCUGGGGCGGUAACCAGCGCGAGCUCGCCCGCCAGAAGAAUAUGAAAAAGCAGAGCGACUCGGUUAAGGGAAAGCGCCGAGAUGACGGGCUUUCUGCUGCUGCCCGCAAGCAGAGUGCCCCAUCAUCUCUACCCCCAGGGACUCGGAGAUCAUGCAGCAGAAGCAGAAAAAGGCAAACGAGAAGAAGGAGGAACCCAAGUAGCUUUGUGGCUUCGUGUCCAACCCUCUUGCCCUUCGCCUGUGUGCCUGGAGCCAGUCCCACCACGCUCGCGUUUCCUCCUGUAGUGCUCACAGGUCCCAGCACCGAUGGCAUUCCCUUUGCCCUGAGUCUGCAGCGGGUCCCUUUUGUGCUUCCUUCCCCUCAGGUAGCCUCUCUCCCCCUGGGCCACACCUGGGGGUGAGGGGGUUACCCCUUCCCAGUGUUUUUUAUUCCUGUGGGGCUCACCCCAAAGUAUUAAAAGUAGCUUUGUAAUUC